AUGAAUGCUGUCUCAUCAUUCAUACCAGAAAAUGAAACCAAGAUUGAAUUAAGAUCAUUAUGGGAUAUAUUUUCAAUGCUCUUUGAUUUUGGUGAUUUCAUGGAUCCAAGUGAUAUUUUAUCUAAUGAUAAUUUUGUCUCUGCUCAAAUCAUGAUGGAUAUUAUUUCUGCUUCAGUACCAGAAGAUGAGACUCAAAUUGAAGUUACUCAAUUGUAUACAAUUUUAUCUGAUUUCUAUCCUGUGCCCGAUGAACCUGAAUCAAGCGCUAGUGGAAUGGUUAAUUGGAUUGAAUCAGUUGAAGCUACUGAAGAAAAUAGCCCAUCAACUAUUAUUACAACUACAUCAGAAACCGAGGAAAAACCACAAUUCACUACGUUGACAACUGCCAUUGUUGAAUCAUCCAAGAGUAUUCAAAUUGAACUUUCAUCAUUACUGUCUAUCGUAUCAAGUCAUUUUUCUUCCAUUGAAACAACAAAACUAACUAGUAUUCCUAGUGAUACUCCAAGUAAACCAGCUCCUAUUGUUGCUCAAUUAAUGAAUGUUGUUUCACAAUAUGUACCAGAAAAUGAAACCAAAAUUGAAUUAAGAUUCUUGUGGGAUAUUUUUGCUGAUUUUUUUGACUUUGGUGAUUUCAUGGAUCCAAGUGAUAUAUUAUCUAAUGACAACUACAUCACUGCACAAAUUAUGAUGGAAAUCAUUUCUGCUUCAGUACCAGAAGAUGAAACUCAAAUUGAAGUUACUCAAUUGUAUACAAUUUUAUCUGAUUUCUAUCCCGUGCCUGAUGAACCAGAAUCAAUUACCAGUGGAAAUGUUGAACCAACUAGUUCUGUUGAAGAAAUUGAUGAAUCUAUUGAAACAGAUGAAACUAAAGUUAUUAAAUCUUCCAUUUCAAGUAUGGAUCCAGAAAUUACUAAAGAAAGUUCAUCUAUUGACUCAUCAGAGUUCACUACAGAUUUAACGGUUGAAGAAUCAUCAAUUAUUGCUUCAACAUCACAAACUGAAUAUAAGAAACUGGUUACUACUUUAUUAACAUCUACCAGUGAUUCAUCCAUAAAAUCACAUACUCAACUUUCAUCAUUAGUGUCACGUUUAUCUAGUCAUAUUUCAUCUGUUGAAACAUCUCAACCAACUGGAGCUCCUAUUAAUAGACCAACUACUAUAGCUGCUAUAGUUAAAGAAAUUAUUAAUAUUGUUUCAUCAUACAUACCAGAAAGUGAUAACAGUAUUGAUUUGGAUCUUUUGUGGAGUAUAUUAAUUGAAUAUUUCAAUUCUAAAAAUUUGAAUAAACCAAAUGGUGAUAAAGAUGUUGAAUCAAAUAAUGAAGAUGCUCAAGAGAUUAUACAUUUGAUUUCUUCUUCUUUACCUGAAGAUGAAACUCAAAUUGAAAUAAAUUAUUUGGCUUCCAUUUUAUCUGAUUUUUAUACAUUACCUGAAGAACCUAAAUCAAUUACUGAAACUGAUGUUUUGAUUGAAUCAUCUAAUCCAAUUGAAGAAAUUAUUGAUGCUAUUGAAAGUUCUACCCCCUUUUCUACAUCAUCUUCAUCUUAUUUCAGAAUUCAAUCACAAGAUACUUCAUCUAAUAGUCAAUCACAAGUUGCUUUAGAUACUGAUGCUUCAUUAGUUCCUUCCCAAACCAAUGUAUUAGAAUUAUCAUCAUCAUCAUCAUCUACAUCUACAUCUACAUCUACAUCCAGUUCUUCAUUUACAUCUACACUUGGAAGAUAUUCAUUCACAACCAAUAUUAUUUCUAAAACUACUUCGACAUCAUCUGUUUCAACUCAAGGUGUUAGUUCAGUAACUCAAAAUGGGGUACUAACUAAUCCAAGUGGGGAAGCUGCUGUAAUUAAUUGUGAAAAACAAGGAACAAAUUGUAGACCAUCACCUGAUGCUACCACACAAGGACAACUAGGUAUUGGUGGUUCUACUAAUGGUGUUACAAUUACAGGGCCAAGAAACCCAGAUGAACAACAACAUCAACAACAUAAUCAACAACAACAACAACAACAACAACAAGGAGGUCUUGGAAUUUCACGUGGUCAAUCAACUGAUAAGGAACAAAACCAAGAAAAUCAAAAUGGUGCUGCAGGAGUCGCUAAUUUGACACAUAAUACAAGAAUUUCAACUUCUGAAAAUAACAAUCUUAAUAAACCUUCUCAAGAGCAAAGAGAAUCUAAUCAAAUAAAUAAUAGUGGUACAAGUCCAGCCAGAGGAAUGAUUUCAGCUGGUAAUAAUAUUUUUGAACCUACUGAAGUUCCAGAAAUUCCAAUUUCUAUUAGUGGUGGCUCAAUUAAUGUUCCAUCUUCAUUGAUUGCAAUUCUUACUGCAAUCAUCUUUAUUCUUUAA